CUUGAAUGCACCAAAAAUAUCCGGAUGUGACGCAAAUACGGAAGUGACGCACAUGACAUUUUUCAACAUGGCAGCGCUGGCGUCCUUGAUGCUCAAGUCCAGAGCAGUUUCAGGUCUGUUGGUGCCUGGUCAGUCCUCUCUUCUGGACUCUGUGAGGUUUGCAUCUAAGAAGGCUGGUGGUAGCUGUAGGAACCAAGGAGGAAGGAAACCUGGCCGGAGAUAUGGUUUCAAGAAACAGGAUGGUAACUUUGUCCAUGCGGGUAACAUCCUUGCAACCCAAAGGCUGAUGAGAUAUCACCCAGGAGCUCAUGUGGGGAUGGGGACCAACAGGACACUCUUUGCUCUGGAGGACGGCUACGUCAGGUUCACCAAGGAGGUCUACGUCCCACCACCACGCAGCAUGAAGGCCACCAGGAUCAUCACCAAGCUGCCCAAAGGAGCCGUGCUCUACAAGACCUUCAUCAACAUCCUGCCACUCAAACAGGAGGGCAAGUUUAAACUUCUGGGCUUGGUGUAAAACUGACAGGACUGGACUGGGAGGUCCUAAUUUCCCAGAUGUUGUUGCAGUGGCCAGGAUCAGAAAGGAUUGUUUUGACUGAAACUAUGGCUGAUUUCCAGAGAUGGAAGUGAACAGCAGACCGCGAGCCACAGAGGAGUCAGUGAAACCUCCUGAGCUUCCUGCCUCUGAGGUCCAAGAUGAUGUGACACUCUAUUGACUUAAACACACACAAGAACAGGUUAAAAGUGUGUAACCAUGUGUUGAAGUCAUUCAUUACUGUUAUUGGUCUCUGUAUUGUACUUAAUUUACUGUAUUAAAGUUUUAUAUGUGAAAGUCA